CCACAAACCAAGAUUUCGAUGCGAAGCGCGAUCGUCUACGUGGCGCUGGCGCUGGUCCUGGCGUCCAUCGGCGCCGUCCAGUUCGACGUCAAGCGGCGCGCGGAGAAGUGCCUCAGCGACGAGGUGGCCGCGGGCUCGCUCGUCGUCGUGCACUACAACAUCCUCGGCAACGUCAAGGGCCGGACCGGCGUCUCGCUCCUGGUCAAAGACCCGAUGGGCAAGUACCUCAAGGAAGACUCGGACAUUGACUUGACAAGCGACGACAUCCACAAGUACUCGUUCAACGCCGAGACCGCGGGCACGUACUCGACGUGCUUCUUCAACUCGAACGACUUUGUCGCGCGCGUGUCGCUGGAUUUCAAGCACGGCGUCGAGGCCAAGGACUACUCGGACAUUGCGAAGCGCGAGCAUUUGAUGCCUGUCGAGAAGGAGCUGCGCAAGAUGGAAGACACGGUCGACGAGAUCCAUCGCGAGAUGCUCUACAUGCGCGAGCGCGAGGCCGCCAUGCGCAACACGAACGAGUCGACGAACGCGCGCGUGCUCUGGUUUAGCUCCUUCUCCAUCUUUGUGCUCCUCGCCAUGGGCCUUUGGCAGGUCAUGUACCUCAAGAAGUUUUUCAAGUCCAAGAAGCUCAUUUAGACGCGAUAAGUGGACGGUGAAUGUAGCGUGCAUGAACCACGUC